GUUUAAGACCAGCAGUGCCAUAAAAUAGCCAGCACACACCAACAUACUGCUGCAGACAGAAUCCUCGAACUCCUCACAGAGAACUAGUUACAGGGAGAUGUCGCAAUCAGUACAUCAGGACAGUGAGUGGGUCCAGGAGAACGUGGCGGGGCGGAUCGUCCGUCUGCCCCUGCUCAGCUCGGUGCUGCAGAUGGUGAGCUCGGCGUACGCCGACGCCAAGGGCCGCUACGCGCUGGUGGGCCUGGUGGGAGGCGUGGCUGAGGACAGCGUCCGCAGCGUGUCCCAGGCCGCCGCCCGCCAGGCCACGCCCCUCUUGCAGAGGCUGGAGCCGCAGAUCAGAGUGGCCAAUAGCUUCGCCAGUGUGGGUUUGGACCAGCUGGAGAAAAGAGUUCCCAUCCUGCACCAGUCUGUGGAGGAGGUGAUGGGUCACUUGAAAGAUGCCCUCUUCCUGACCCUGGAUGACGUGCAGCUGAGAGUGAACGCGGAGCUGGACCGGAUUAGGGACGGGGUGGAGCGGCUGGUGGGAGGGACCCAGAAUGCCCUUGGGGUCACGCUGAGGACAUCCGUGGCCUUGGGGAUCGACAACCUGCUGACGUACUCUGAGGAGGCCGCUGACUACUUCCUACAUCUUCCACCCGAUUUGCAGGGGGAGCUGGAGCUGAGGAGGCAGGAGUACGAGGAUGAGAAUGACGAAGAGGAGCCGGGAAUGUGGACUCGUGUGCGCAGUCUGCAGCUCUGGCUGAACCUGUACCUGUACCACCGUGCCCUGCUGCUGAUGGCUAGCCUGCAGCCCAUCCAGUACAUCCUGGGGGGGCUCAGCGACACGAUGGGUCUAACCCAGCUGGUGGAGGCAGUUAUCCGGCUGUCUCGGCGACUCAUGACUUUCACCGUUGCCCGGGGACACCAGCUGGUGGCACUGAAGGAUGCGGUCGUGAGCCAGCUCUCUGAGGUGAUCCGCAUGGCCUUGGAGCUGCCUCCCAUCAGCCGGGCCCUGGAUAACCUGGCCGUGUUUCUGAGUGAUCUGCAGGAGCUGAGCAAGCUCCUCCUCCAGCUGCUGAUCAACACCACUCCGCUCUACAACAUGCUGCAGAAGCCAGCGGAGCAGCAGCUGGAGGACUAUCUGAUCCAGGAGUACCUGUCCGAGAGCGACUCCUCCCGCCGCGCCUCCGUCAACAGCCUGCUCCUCAAGACGCCGGACGGCCGCCCCCGCCGCCGCCGGAGCCUGUACUCCCGCUUCCGCCGUGGCUCGUCCGGCGCCAACCCCUCCGACGGGCGGCGGGGGAGUCUGAAGCAGCAGGACAGCCUGCCCGCCCCGCCCCCGGAGGUCGACGCCACGCCCGAUCCCUCCGCCGGCGCGGCCCGCCGCCGCUCCUCCGCCACCGAGGCCCUGCUGGCCCCCAUCAAGCAGCUGGUCUCUCAGGGCCAGCGGGCCCUGGAGUAUCUCAGCCCCGCCCCACACCCAGAGGACACAGGAGCCCCUGUGGAGGAAGCCUCAGAGCCCUAAGCCCAAGAGCGUGUGUAUCCAGUGUGAAGCCCAAUAAAUACGACUAGAUAACAAAUAGAUAAUAUUAGCCAAGGACUGUCAUUAGAAGUAAUCAUUCUUGAGCUUUUCAUUGUUGAGCUGUGUCAGCCACUGUUCCCUCAUGCAUAUGAGAAUGUAUUCAUGUUUAGAUUUGUACUUGGUUAUUGGCCCCAGCCGAGAUAUAAAUCUGAAAGAUAACAACUUGCAGCGAGUGAAGCAUCUUCCUAUGGACUAAGGGUCAUUUGGAGUCCCUUGUGAAGUCUUAUUUAUCCUUUGCCCACAGGAAGGGCCCUUUCUGUGCACUAGAAACUAAAAAUAUUUCAGAAGGAAUAAAUUGCCCCACAUUUAUAGACUGUGUUUUCCCCUGUAGACGGUAGAUGCUGUCUGUUCUUACCCCCUUUGAUUGCUCUCCCUGCUCUGACUCACAACCAUAAUGAGCGCUGGAUGUACUAGCGCAAGGAGUAGCACAGCUGCAGUACACUUCCACUGGCAGGAGCCUGUGUGAUCAGGCCCUUAAUUUAGACUGUAUGACAGGUAUGAUGUGUGAAACAGUACUGCAUGGCCCCCGUCACCAAUCUCUUCAAGCCAAUCCCCCCUUCCACCACCAUGCUAGUACAAAUACGUCCAUUUUAAUCUGUCAAUUAAAAAUACCAAAAACAAAUUUGUUUCAGAAUGUAACUGGAAACAGAAUUGGGUGACGUGGCAUCCUCAUUAGGAAAAAUGCUUUUUAUCUUUCCCUCAGUGUUUCCAUCAUUCUUACCUCA